ACAACUUUGGAUGGGCUGGGCGCUCCUUCAAAAUAAUGAAUCAUCAUUCAUUCUUCCUAUCCAUAUAUCCAAUUACGCAGAAGUAGAUAAGUUGCUUUUAAGUGAGGAACUCUUUCAGUGUAUUGUGCACAUAAAAAAUUAAAAAAAUUUAAGAGGCGGCUUAGUAAUAAUUAUUGAAGAUAUUCCGGUUUAAUUUAAAUAUUUAUAUGUUUAGUGAGCAUUUGGACUUUUAGCGGUGUUAACCAUUCAAGUGCAAAAUACGUGGGAAAAUUAUUCAAUAAUAAUAGAAUCUUAGUUUGUUUAGUUGACUGAAAAAUGGAUACUAAAGUGGCACUCGAGAUGGAGGAUUUAAGGGAAAAUUUCCAACAGAUUGACAAGAACGGAGACGGUUACAUCGACCUGAAGGAGCUUCGGGAUGCUCUAAACGCCUGCGGCUUCAAGAUACCCGGCUACAAGGUACGUGAGAUGGAGAACGAAUUCAAGCAGUUCAACAAGGCUCAGAUACCCGGCAAGCUUACGUUCGAGGAGUUCUGCAAGCUGUGCGGCGACCUGAAGUCCAACGAGAUCGGCAACACCUUCAAACUGGCCGUCACCAAGAGGGAGAACCUCCAGCAUCACGGCGGCACGUCAGAGGCGUCCAACGAGGGCACCACGCACUCGGUUAGGGUGGAGGAACAGUUUGCCUUCUCCGAUUGGAUCAAUUCGAACUUGAGGAACGAUGCGGACUUGAAGAAUCUGCUGCCCAUAGACCCAGAGGGUACCAACCUGUACGAGAAGAUCAAAGAUGGUAUACUUUUAUGCAAAGUUAUAAACCACUCAUGUCCAGACACCAUAGACGAAAGAGCCAUAAACAAGAAAAACCUCACACUCUACACACAAUUGGAAAAUUUAACCUUAGCUCUUUCUUCAGCCCAAGCUAUUGGUUGCAAUGUGAUAAACAUAGACGCACAUAAUUUAUCGAAAGGCACACCUCAUCUGGUACUAGGGCUUCUGUGGCAAAUAAUCAGAAUAGGAUUGUUCAAUCAGAUCACCCUUGAACAUUGUCCUGGGCUCACAUCAUUGCUGUCUGAAGAGGAGAAGAUUGAGGACUUGAUGAAAUUAUCCCCAGAAGGAAUCUUAUUAAGAUGGGUUAACUAUCACCUUGAAAGGGCUGGUACCUCUAAGAGGGUGAACAAUUUCCAAUCGGACAUUGUGGAUUCGGAAGCAUACACAUAUUUGUUGAAACAGAUCGCUCCAAUUGACAGUGGUGUAGAUACAAUGGCUCUUCACGAGAAAGAUUAUCUAGCUAGAGCUGAAAUUAUGUUACAACAAGCAGAAAAACUCAGAUGUAGAUCUUUUGUAACUUCACAAGAUGUCGUGAAUGGAGUGUACAAAUUAAAUUUGGCGUUCGUUGCAAAUCUCUUCAACAACUAUCCUGGAUUGGAACAAACUUCCAACGCAUUUGAGGGUGAAACAAUUGAAGAGACUAGGGAAGAAAAAACAUACAGAAAUUGGAUAAAUUCAAUGGGAGUCUCACCACAUAUCAAUUGGUUGUACUCUGACUUAGCAGAUGGUUUGAUUAUAUUUCAAUUAUAUGACAUUAUCAAACCUGGUAAAGUUGAUUGGAAUAAGGUGCACAGUAAAUUUACAAACCCAAGAAAGAAGUUCAUUGAAAAGUUAGAAAACUGUAAUUAUGCUGUUGAUAUAGGAAAGGAUAUCAAAUUCUCCCUGGUUGGUAUCGGUGGACAAGACAUCAAUGAAGGAAAUGUUACCUUAACCCUGGCUCUGAUUUGGCAGUUGAUGAGGGCGUACACCUUGUCAGUUUUGUCGAGGUUAGCCGAGUCAGGAAAUCCAAUUGUAGAGAAAGAAAUCGUUAUGUGGGUUAAUGAAAAACUUGCAUCAGCCGGCAAAACUUCUUCUAUUAGAAGUUUCCAAGAUACUUCAAUAUCUGAUGGAAAAGUGGUACUAGAUCUUAUUGAUGCUAUUAAGCCUGGUGCUAUCAAUUAUGAUUUGGUCAAACCUGGAGCAGAUGAUGAGGAGAAACUGGCCAAUGCGAAAUACGCUAUUUCAAUGGCAAGGAAAGCUGGUGCAAGAGUAUAUGCUUUACCAGAAGACAUAGCUGAAAUGAAACCAAAAAUGAUAAUGACAGUUUUUGCUUGUCUUAUGUCACUAGAUUAUAUUCCUAAAGAUUCAAAUUCAGAAACAAACUCUCAUUGAUAAUGCUAAAAGCUACUAACUAAAUUGAUAACCAUCUUGACCAAGUGCCAAAUAGAAACAUUUGAGAAGGCAUUUUGCCUAUUCUCAUUCAGGACCUACAUAUCUGUCUUACACUUUGUAUUUCAUUUUAAUUUUUGGGAGACUACGCAGAAUGCGCAUAUGUUUGGUUCAAUUUUUCAAUGGAGAUAUACAGUUUGUAUGCUGAAGUUUUGAAAUUUGAAAAUAGACUGUGUUUUAACACGGAAGGUUUUGUGUGAUUGAUUCUUUGUUUGGUGGUGGGGUUGAUGGGAGCAAAGUGUACUGAAUGAGACUUGUGAUUUGAACAGUAAAUAAGGUCUGAAUGUUCAUUAGAUGUAAUUAUUUCGUUGCCAUAUUACUGUAGUAAAUUCGAAAUUCUGUUAUUUGUUGGCUGCCACAGUGCAUUUACAUUAUGUUUUCAAACAUGCCUAAUAUUUCGAGCACAUUGUAUAUUAUUUAUCUAAAAAAUUUUGUUAUUAAUUAAACUAAUAAGUAUAAAACUCAUGUCAAUUGAGAAUUGUUCCAUAUUAUCAAUGUAUUCACUAAAAUUUUUCACUGACUACCAACAAGUAUUUAAUAUUGAUCGUAUUUGUAAAAUGAUAAAGUAAUAUUAAGAAUUUUCUAAUGACGCCGUUAAUGUAAUUGUUGAAUUUAAAACUUGAAACUGUGUUAAUGCUUAUUAAUGCUUUGAUAAGUUUCAAAUACACUCACUCCAUUCGAGAUGACGCUUUAUGAGAAAAAGUAAUUUGCUUCCAUGUAAUUGAUACAUUUAUUUUAUAGUUAUCCAUUUUCUAGUUUUAUAUUAUGUGAAAGAGGACACACAAUUUUAAUAUAUGUAUAUCUAGGUAUGAUCUUUACCUGUAAUUCCUAUUAUAUUGCUGUAAUUAUUCUGUAAUUCCAUUAGUUAUUAAUAGUGGAUAUUGUGUGAUUCCAGUUUCCUUUGUAAGUUUGAAUUACUAUAGCUUGAGGUAGCUUUGAAGAAUGUAAAAUCGAUUUGUAACUGUAUUUAUAGCAGAUGUGAUUUAUUAAGGUUUUUUUAAGCUUUUCUAAGGAAAAAGUGUACUUACGCAAACGAUUCCUCGUUUUUUAUUCUAUUGUAAAUUUUUUUAUACAUGUUAAUUGGGUUAACCAGUGCAAUAAAAUGCUAAAACCUGAA